CCUGCUUGUGUCCUGUUCCACAAUGUACGCUCGAAGGCCAGCGGCCUCCAACUUAGGUUUCUUCUCGAAAUCAUUCUCUGUUAAUUCUACAUCCACCCCUCAGACAACCCAAACCACCACCAAUGUCGUUGUCAAGACGCGACUCGUACCAAAAUCCACAAAUACCGGUGCGGUAAAGGUUGUGGCAAGAGACGCCACUCCCGCAGCUGCCUCCUCCUCCUCUCGUGCCCCUUCGGCAACACCUUCAGAGACGAGCAAGAAACGAAAACCUGUUGCUGACCCUUUCUCUGAGAUUCUGAGGGUUAAGAAACCUCGUUUGUCUCGCUCGCCAGCCCAGUCUCGUGCAGCCAGUGCGCGCCCCUCGGAAGAGCCUUCUACCCGCGCUUCAUCCGUCGCUCCGUCAAGGCAGGACUCUCCUUUAACGCGUCGUCAAGCACCAUGGAUAGAUGAAGAUGGUCAACCGGGAUCGGAGAUGCUCAGCUGCGAGAUCACUGUGCGAAACAUAAUGAAGGGUUACAAAGCUUUCUUCAAGAAUCCUUCCGAUGCAGCAGACACCUCAUUCGAGCCGCAUAUUACCAACUAUCCAGUAACUGAGCUCGAAUACCCAAAUACUUCCGCUUCUGAACGAUUCAUCUUGCUUGAACCUAAAGAUAAGGAUCAUUACAAUCCUAUCUUUUGCUUACAAAAGACAAUUCAUACCAUCGUCGAACACUACCUGACACCUGUGCAACAAUCCCUCUUUGGAUCGGUCCCUGACAAGUCGCUAUCACACAUUUGGGAUGACGCGGAACGCGACUCUUCGCCUGACUCUGACUCUACUCAAACUCCUGACGAGUCGGAGUCAUCCAUUCUGCUAGCCUCCAUGUGCUCAUCUUCAUCGCUGCUAGAGACUUUCUUACGUCCCGCUUCCGCCUCCCCUGCCCAGCAGACCUUCAACUUUCCUCGUCGUCUCCAAAGCGCUAUCAACAGACGCAAUGGUCCUCAGUUCCUUCAAGUCAUGGAGGGUAUUAACGCGUUCUUGCGAUUCUUGAAAUACCCGCACUUGCCUUCUGACUUAUUCGACCAUACCCCGCCUAAUGGUCUCAUGUCUACCAUAAAGGCAAAGUCAGCAGUGCCGCAUGACAUUAUUAUGCGAAUCAUUGACGAGACAUACCAACGGGCUGUAGGUCCGCACGUCGAUUCGUUGAAAAAAUACGAGGCUUUUACGGCUGGCACAUACGGCGAGCUCAUGCCCUCGUUUAUCUCGCGGUUGAUCAAAGAGACGCGUCUCACGGAGGAUUCGCUGUUUCUGGAUCUCGGAUCUGGUGUUGGCAACGUUGUACUUCAAGCGAGCCUGGAAACAGGCUGCAGAAGUUUCGGAGUUGAACUCUUGGACGCCCCAGCCGGCAUUGCCCAAAGUCAGCUGGAACAGCUGAAGAUUCGUUGUCGAAUGUGGGGUGUGAAGUUGGGUGAAGUUGAACUGGAGCACGGCGAUAUGUUGGCCAGCAAGAAGUUAGACUCAUUGUUGAGUAAGGCCGACGUGUUGCUUGUUAACAACAAGGUAUUCGACGAGCCUUUGAACGAAGCUAUCAAGGGCAAGCUUCUGGACCUUAAGGAAGGUGCCAUCGUCAUCUCUCUUCGACACUUCUCUCCACCAAAAUCGUCCUUCACCGGACGAAAUGUUGACGACAUUAGUAGCAUCUUCCAAGUGUCCGAGCGCAAGUUUCCUUCAGGAAGCGUUUCAUGGACAGGAAGUAGCGAUCAUUACUACAUCCACAAGGUCGAUCGCGCUGCCUACGCUCUCAACAGAAACCGAUAUGAGAGUUCAAGAGCGACUUCUGUACGAAGCACUCGUUCAAGGAGAUAACGUUAUGCCCUACAUCCCGGUGGUGUAUGGCUUAUUGCAUGACACUGUAUGCUAUUGACUUCUUGGUUUAUCGGCCCGUCUUGCAAUCGAACUCACUAACCGCAAUAUUACUUACCCCUAAUCCUCUCCAUUUCUUUCUCAAUCCUUCUUGCUCUCAUAGUUGUGUCUCAUCCGCUAUCUUAUUGCUAUUUGCUGUGUGUAGCAAUAUGGACCAUCGUCCUUGCACAAACUCUUCUUGGACAGUGACCUGCAUUCUGCUAUUUAUUAACCACAGGGCAGACACUUGUUGUAGAUAUUUGUGUUGAACGGAAUAUAUAUUCCAGGACCGAGGACUGGUCGGUCGAAAAUCACACCACAUACAUACAUCCAGACAUUCUACCUAUAAUCAAAUCGCACUUCCCCUCGCCACCUCUGUUGUGACACCAACCCUAGCAGCAACGCCGGUGCCCGCACAUGAAGAACCAAUCGUCGGGUUAACAAGCGGGUGAAUGCCGUUAGGGAAACACGAGGGUAGAUUGGUAUUAGUAACAAUAUGGGUGACGCAGAUCGGCUUAUUGAACUUGGUCUGUACGACAAACGAAGCAGUUGAUCUCGCGUUGAAAUUGUUUCGCUUGUUAAAGAGGAUGGUCAUCUUGCAAAUAUCGGUGAUAUCAGCUGGAGUGUAACCACCACCCGCAGUGUUGUCCCAGACGGUCUUUGGUUGCGGCUUAUCCAG